AUGGAAGACAUCUUGGAGGAAGGAGAGAUAACAUGUCCACAUACAAUAGCAACGUUUGAAGUGGCACCCUCAGUCCAGGGUUCUUCACAUAACAUGUUCAGUAGCUAUGAAAGUGAACACGGGGCUAAUUUUAAGUCACACUGUCUAGUCACGUCAUCAUUUAACAAGCAACUCAUUGACCAGUUAGAAAAAAGACAUUUACAAAACUCUAUUCUUGACAAAGCAAUUGAAAUUGAAAAUCUAUCGAAACAAUUGGAUCAUGCCAAGUCACUUAUCGCUAAUUUGAAACAAAAUUUUGAUACCCAUUCUUACAAUUGUAAAUAG